GCUUCUCUCUCUCUGGUUUAUGUUUUCUCAUUCAUUGUGAAAAUAAUGAUUCCCUGCAUAGUUCUUGCUGGCCCUAUUGGUCUUGGUUUUGGAUAUAUGAGUGCAGAAGGAAAUAACAUCCUUCCCUCUGUUAGCCUUGUUUUCUCUAGCAUGCUCAUUAUUGCUGGUUGCUUUACAUAUGCUUUUGCAAGGCAAUUAAAUGCUUUCCAGACUGGUGAUAUGUUAUUUGGCAUGUGGAAUUCUUAUAUCUUGUGGAGCUUCGCUUGGUGUUUUUCUACAGUGGGUUAUCCAGUUGUUUUGAGGAAGUUGCAAUUAAUCAAGGAGAAGGUAAAGAAGUGGAAUAGGGAGAUAUUUGGCAACUUGAAUAGGCAAAAAGGACAAACCGGACAGCAUGUCGGAGCAAGGAGAGGUGGGAAUCCUCUACAGAUGCAGCACUAGCAUCAGCAGUUGAUGCAUCGAAACACCAACCAAGGCUUAAGAUAUGUGGCCAGCACACGAAAUGGUAUGGACCCAUCUAUUGUUCCUCAAGGACUCAUGGCUCCAAUGAUGCCAUUGCCUUUUGAUGUUUCAGGAAUGUCAACGACUCCAUUGGAUGUUCAUCAUCCUGGGCCAGUGCCUAUGUCAACACUUGCUUCUGCUCUGGCUUCUGCUACGCCAGAGAAUCAGCGCAUGAUGUUAGGGGAACAGCUAUUUCCUCUAGUGGAGAGGGUUGAGCCUGACCCAUGCUGGAAAAGUGACAGGCAUGUUGCUGGAGAUGGACCAAACCGAGGUUCUCCAUCUUAUCAAGGCUCCAGAUGCUUUGAAGAAGAAAGUUUUCGAGGCUUUGGAUGUCCUCCAUUUAGCAUCAUCGGGACCCAAUGUUGGUGAU